AGAGAGAGAGAGAAAAAACUUUCGCGAUAAAAUAUUUAAAAUUGCUGAAAUACAAAAUUUAGCGAAUGGAUUAAAUAAUAGCAGAAGUUAUAUGUUCGUUAUAUGUAAAUUAAGAAUUAGAUGAUACAUAUUAAUGCAAGUAUUGAAAAAUAUAAGUAUGACGUAAUGUUAGAGCAGAGAGAGAGGAAGAGAGAGAGGGAAUGUGUGAGUGUGAUAAGUGACUAUUAUUAUGAACAUAUACCUGUUUAUUACAAAACUGAAAGUGCAAAAUUGUUGGAAUAAGUAAUAGGAUGAGCAGGACAAGGGAACAAGCUGGUUCGUCUAAGUCAUCAGGAUCUGCAGGUUCUACUGAGGAAAAAGAAAAGGAUGAAAGGAUUUUUGAGUGCAAUAUCUGUUUGGAUACCGCAAAAGAUGCAGUAGUCAGUAUGUGCGGUCAUCUGUUUUGUUGGCCAUGUCUGCAUCAAUGGUUAGAGACCAGACCUACCAGGCAGGUUUGUCCAGUAUGCAAAGCUGCAAUAAGCAAAGAUAAAGUCAUUCCAUUAUAUGGACGUGGUGCGGCAAAACAUGAAGACCCAAGGAAUAACGUACCUCCACGCCCGGCCGGUCAAAGGUCAGAACCAGAAGCCCAUGUCGGUUUUCCCGGCUUUGGUUUUGGUGAUGGUUCCUAUAUGUCGUUCGGCAUUGGCACUUUUCCGUUUGCUUUUUUUACAUCGACUUUUAACUUUGGAGAAACACGACCAAGUGCAGCUCCGAGAGGUACACCGCAAUUUGAGGAAGAGCAGUUUUUAUCCAAAGUAUUUUUGUGGUUAGCAGUGAUAUUCAUCUGCUGGCUGUUGAUGGCAUAACAUUAUUUCUAAAUCACACACAUACCAGUCUGCCCAAUAAUUUGUAAUUUUUGUUUAAUGAUAUCCUGUCGAUUUAUGAUGAUCGCAACAUUACAUCGGUUUUCAUUAUGUGAUUUUUAUAAAGCCUCUUUGAAAAAAAGAAAUGAGAAUACAAAUUUACUUCCGCGUAUUUAAAAAAAGAAAUUGUGCAAUUCUAAAAAAAUUCAUUUUUCUCACUUUUACUUUCGAAAAGAAGCAAAAAGUAUAUUGAACUAUUUUUUGUCCAUGUAUAACGUUUUACACGAUUUCGUUGGCAUUUACAUACUUCGAACAGGAUUAAGCUCCAGACAAAAUGCGAGGGAAUAGCGAUAGCGAUAGGAAUAACAUUUUAACUCUUGAGAAAUUGAAUACACCGAAAUACAAUCUCUGAUGAGUUGAAAUCGUGUUAUUCCUAUCGCUAUCUCCAUUUCUUCACAUUGUACUUUCUUUCUAUUUGGAUAAUUCUGAUAUUUUAAUAUUAAUCUUUUUUAUGUAUAUAUUAUAUAUAAAUAUAUUAUAUUCAGAAGAAAGACGUAAUAAGCAUAAGGAAUAACGUAUAAUCUCUUAUUCGAUAUAUUAAAAGUAUAAAAAUGUAUGAUUUAAGUGAAAACACAGAGGAAAAUAUUAUGUAUUCAUUAAGACACGCGGUUUUGUUGAGAAACUGCAAAUUUGAACAGUGUAUAUAAUAAUUAAAUAAAUAUAUGUAUGUAUGUAUAGUGUA